CUUUACGUUGGUGACUUGGACUCAUGUGUUUCUGAAGUUGCGUUGAAAAAACUCUUUUCAGGUUAUAAAUCACUUUUAUCUGUUAAACUCUGUUGUUCGCCAUCUACAAAACAAUCACUAGGAUAUGGUUAUGUCAAUUUCUCUGAUGAAAAUGACGCUCAACGUGCAAUUGAAGAUUUGAACUAUACAAAAGUUUCAAAUAAAGAGAUUAGAAUCAUGCCUUAUAUGAAGGGUAAAAAUAAAUCUUUUAUGAGUGCAAAUGUUUUUGUUUCAAACUUGAAUAAUGACAAAUUGACUUUGCGUGGAUUUUAUGAAAAAUUUAAGCAUUUUGGUACAGUUUUAUCUUGUAAACUUGAGCUGGGUAAAAGACAAGGGUUCAUUUCUUUCAAAGAUAAAGACACGGCAGAAAAAUUUGUUAAAACUUAUAAUUCUCGUGUUGUUGACGGUUCAAAACUUCAUUGUUCAAUCCAUAUUCCUAAAUCCAUGAGAAAUUUUAGUUCAGCUACGAGUGAAUAUGAUCAUGAGAGUCUCAAUCAAAAUGGAUCAGUCAUUUCUUUGAAAACUACUGAGCUAAACGACCAAAAAUUUACACAAAUUUAUGUCAAGGGUUUACCUUUCAAUGUUACUGAAGAAGAAAUUAAUGAUCUAUUUAGUCCAUAUGGUACAAUCACUGAAAUCUAUAAAGAAAGUGUGACAGAUUUCAAAUCCUCUUGGUGUUUUGUUACUUUUAAAGAUCAUUCAAGUGCUGUCAAUGCAGUUGCAACUUGUCAUAAAAUUACCUACAAGGGCAGAAAAAUUACAUGUGUCAAAGCAUUGAAGAAAGCGGAACGUCAAUCAAAUUUCUCAGCCUCUAAACAAGUGAAACCCACUACAAAACUUUACAUUUAUAACUUACAUGAGUCAGUUAAUGAAAAUUUUUUCAAGCUAUUCUUGAGACAGUAUAAAUUGGAAGGGCAAGCUACUAAAUUUUCAUUUAAUAGAGGACAUAAAGGGAAUUACAUUGAGUUUGAAAAUUAUUCAGAUGCAAAAGCUAUUCAUCAAAAAUUAAAUGGUGUUACCUUGUAUGGCUUAGUGUUAAAAACAAGUCUCGAUAAGCUGGAUAACAAUGAUGCUACACCUUCAUCUCAUGAAACAAAGGCUGUACGUGCUAAUAGUAAUAAUGCCACUGUACCAUUCACCAAAGUAAGUGAACAACAUGAAUCAAAAAGCAUCCCACAUCUUCCAUCGACAAAUUUCCAUCCUAUAGGACACCAUCCUCAUCAUCCCCAAUUUAUUGAUGGUCCAAUUGAAUCAAAUGAGCAACUCUUGUCUGAUCUUGAAAAGAUAUCUUUGCGUUACAUUGAUUUCUUGAAAUAUCCUUCAGCUACAAGACCUCGUAAUUUGAAAAAAAUCUUAAACUACUUGGUUGUUACCUUAUGGGAUAACAAUAUUGAUUCUGUUAAAGAGUCGGUCAGUGGAUUUGAAAAGAAUCCAGAGUUUUCAAAUAUCUUUAAAGAGAGAUUAAUUGGUGCAAUUAAAUUAUUUGGAUUUGAGAGAUGA